AUGUGGCCUAUGGCAGAAAUCUUUAACGAGAAAUCUUGGCGGGCCCCAUCGGAUGUCCUGAUCGAGUUUACGUGCGAGUUUACGAAGAAGUAUCUCGGUACAAAAGAGGCGAAUACGUUUAUACUCCCUAAGAUUAUCUUUAAUCCGUCCCUAAUCCUUAGUCCGCACGUCGCCCUCCUGGGUCUCAUCUUUACCAACGAUGCUUUCUUGGCCCCAAGUCUUAUAUCAGCUGAGAGGAUUAGCGAGCUGGCUAUCCCGCCUGGCUAUAAGCAGCUGCCCUUACGUCUAAAGCCGGAGAUAGCUAAUAUCCCCCAAGUCUCGCCCGAUCAGCCACUACCAUAUACAACUCUCUUAAAGUGGAUAAAGCGGCUCGGCGUACUUACUAGGUUCCCGCAGAUCACAUGUCCGUACUCCCUCCAAUAUAGUGCAGGCAACGCCUUUAACCAGAGCGGUAAUAUAAGCGAUGCGCUCCAGAAUAUAAUAAUGCAACAUGCCAAGAUUAACACCUUUAUUAAGCACUACCUCCAGCGGAUAGUUACUACUAACACGCAAGCUAUCAUCUCCGGCUAUAAACCUCAGCGCGACCUAAUACAGGCGGCCUAUCAGAUGACUCGCUAG